AUGGCCGUGCUGACCGCACCACAGCACUGCUUCGAUGGUUACUUUACCGCCUUGGCGUGCUGCGGUCCGGUGGACAGACUGGGCUGCUGGACCAAGACGUUCGACGGACACCGGGCACACUGCUGUCACGGUUGGGCUUUGCAGGCGCGAGAGCUGCUCCAGAAGAAGCUGGCACAGGUCCAGGACUCCGAGGGUCCCUGCCCUGCCUCCUUCGACCUCUUCCACUUCCGCAGCAUGGGCAUGCCCCUGUCGGCCACGAAAUGGGUGGUGACCGACGCGGACGUGCAGGAACGAGAAGCUUUUCAGCUGGGGCAUCGCCAGCUUGCGGAUCGGUGCUCUCAUGAAGCACUGCAUGAGGACGAAGAGGAAGCCACAGUCCGCCUGUGGGAUUCGCUGCCUGAUCGCAGCGGGCGCAUCGUGAACUUCGGCGCCGGUAGCUGGGUCGAUCCGCUGUGGGCCGUUGCGCUGCAGCGGAACGCCACGGGCCUGUUUGUGGACCCGAUGGGCCCGCCAAAGGAGCUGCCACCUCCACCAAGAGGAAUCCAGUUUGUCAGUGGCUUUGUGCGGUCUGACAACAUUCGCCAGCUGCUGCGUCGCUCGGGUUUUGGAGGGACGCCCGCUUUCAGAUACAAAGCCCAUGCACACAGUUUGCCUUAA